UCUACCAAUAACUUUUUUGACGGUUAUUGGUUCGAGAGGAACAGAAUGUUGCAUCCGUUUAAUGUGGAUUGAAAACAUAUGAAUGAAUACCUAUUCCGUAUACGGCUCUAGUGUUGUCCGUCAUAAUGAGCACUUCUGAGACACGCAGUGAUCCUGCUACUUCGGAAGAAGAGGAUUUUAAGUUAAACAUUCCGUAUAAUCUUGAAGAUGUGGCACUUACGUCACCAAACAGCUUUAAAUCGCAGAACCACCCCGCUUUUGAAUCUAUAGAUAAAGAGGAAGAUAAUCCCAGCAAUAGCUUCCAGUGUCGGAUCUGGGAAAAUGACGAUGGUUUCAUGGAUGAUAAUAUAUCCGCCUUAGAUGCAGCUGAAUUUUCCGCGAGUACCUUGACUGAUUCAAAUAUACCAACAUCGAUUAUGAGCACUGCAUCGGAUGUGAUAGAUGAUAAAGCAUGUCAACCCAAUAGACCAGCACCUCUUACGAACACAUUUCAAUCUGAAUUGAGGAGCACCGACUUUUUCCAAUUAACCGAUUCACUGAGUGAUGCUGAUGUAGCAUCCACAAUUACCAUUGAAGCUCUUACGAAUUCCAAUCGAAUGCCAGCUUCGCAUGCGUACAACAACAACAACAACAUUGAGCAAGAUAUAAAAUAUUCACCCAGCGAAAUGAUGUUUGAAUCACCGUCCACGUUACAAUGCAAUUACAAUUCACCGCUCCCUCCACCACAUGUACGUCCUAUGCAUCCGCCUUCCGCUUCCUAUGGACAGCCCUUGACGCCGACGCAUUAUGGAAUGAGCAAUAACAACUUUGCCCGGCCCCAUCCACACCCACAAGCACAACAAUCGCCAUAUAGUGAAUACCCGCACCCAUCCGGUUACCAUCCAAAUAUGUGGUACCCAAAUGCACCAUACGGCUCAGCGAGUAGCUGCUAUCGAACUUACGGUGGUGGCCAUCGGUACCCUAAUUACGGUAGCUAUUCUCACGACCCAAUGCUGGAUAUGCUGCAGCUUUCCAACAGUGGUCGCGAAGCAAGAAACCGAGCAGAGAAAAACAGACGUGAUAAGCUGAAUGGAUCUAUUCAAGAGUUAUCUACAAUGGUGCCACAUGUAGCAGAAUCUCCCAGGCGCGUGGAUAAAACAGCGGUAUUACGGUUUGCCGCCCAUGGUUUGCGAUUGCAGUACAUAUUUGGAGAAAGCCUAAAUCAGACUCGCCCGCAAUACACGGAAUCAUUAAUGAAAAUGCUGGAUAGGUUUUUCCUGGCGAUAACAUGCCAUGGCCAAAUCGUUCUAAUCUCAUCAAGCGUUGAACAACAUUUGGGGCAUUGUCAGACUGAUUUAUACGGGCAAAAUAUUUUAAAUAUUACCCAUCCUGAAGAUCACAGCAUAAUGAAACAACAAUUAAUACCUUCCAAUGCCAAUGAGCUUUUUGAUACACCGGCCGAUGAUGAGUCUGGUGAUGCACGACCUCGCACCAAAGAGGAGGAGGAGUACAUCGAUAAACGUUUGCGUGCGGACAAGCGAAGUUUCACUCUUAGAUUGGCCCGGGCCGGUCCCCGUUCAGAACCUACAACAUAUGAAAUUGUCAAGAUAGAAGGAAAUUUCAGACGCAGUGAUGCGGCGCCGCGAGGCGUUAAAGCCAGCACAUUUCCCUCCAAUCUACCAAUGAUACGACGUUCCCGUGCUCGCGAUGAUACGAUACCGUUGCACUCAAUAAGUGGAAAUGAUAUUGUGUUAAUUGCAACGGCGCGUAUAAUUCGUCUACCCAAAGUAAUAAACUGCGUCACGGCAGCCAACUCAAUGGAGUACAAAACAAGACACUUAAUUGAUGGCAGUAUUAUUGACUGCGACCAAAGAAUUGGACUUGUAGCCGGUUACAUGACAGACGAAGUACGAGGCUUGAGUCCGUUCACCUUUAUGCACCAGGAUGAUGUGCGAUGGGUUAUUGUAGCUCUGCGCCAAAUGUACGAUUGCUAUAGUUCAUCUGGAGAGUCCACCUACAGACUUAUAACCCGCAACGGUCACUUUAUUUAUCUGCGCUCAAAAGGCUACCUGGAAGUCCACAAAGAAACAAAAAAGGUGCAUUCUUUCAUUUGCAUAAAUACACUGCUCAGCGAAGAGGAGGGCAAACAACGAAUUCAAGAGAUGAAAAAUAAAUUUUCUAUGAUUGUAAAUACGAAAAUUCCACAAUCCUCCGUGGAUGAGCCAGCCUCGAAGAAUCCCCAACAACUGGAAAAAGCGGUUCUAUGCCUUAUACAAAACUUACAAAAAUCGCCAAUGGCAGAAGACGGAGAGGAUGAUGGCGACUCGUCCACAGAGAGUUAUGGCAGUGAACAUAUGUCUCCAGAAUUCGGUCCAACAACAUCUGCGGCAGCAAUGCAUCAUUAUAACACCACC